AUGGACUCCAUCCUUGACCUUCUCCCUUCCGAUACCAUGGUCAAGCGCGACGGCGAGGCCAAGCAACUGGAAGCCGCCAAUCUUGUCUGUGGCGACAUCGUCUUCCUCAGGGCGGGCGACAAGGUCCCUGCCGACGUGAGAAUCCUGAGCCACUCUGGUGACAUCCGCUUCGACCGCUCCGUCCUCACCGGCGAGUCGGAAGAAGUCGAAGGAACCGUGGACCCAACGGACACAAACUUCCUGCAGAGCCGAAACAUCGCCCUCAUGGGAACAACAGUGUUGAAUGGCAGCGGUAUUGGCAUCGUCGUCUUGACGGGCAGCCGCUCCGUCAUCGGCCGCGUUGCCGACUCCUCCGUCAACCUCAAGAAAGAGGCCGUGCUCAUCCAGCGCGAGAUCUGGCGUUUCGUCAAAAUCAUCGUCAGCAUGACCAUCUUCCUUGCCCUUCUUAUCCUCUUCACCUGGGUCGGCUGGCUCCGGGUAGACCACCCGGGUUUCCUCACCGUCCCGGCCAUGCUGGUCAACGUCAUGGCGUGCGUCGUCGCCUUCAUCCCAGAGGGCAUGCCCGUCGCCGUCGCCCUGACGUUGAUGCGUGUGGCGCACCGCAUGAAGGCCGUCAACAUCUUACCCAAGUCACUCGCUACGGUUGAGACUCUUGGCUGCGUCAACGUCGUGUGCUCUGAUAAGACGGGAACCUUGACGCAAGGCAACAUGUUUGUCAAGACCGUUGCCUUUCUGGAUCGCACCGUGGGCUUAGUCGGAGACCAAAUGGCGAAUUGUUUCGACCUGGAGGAGUCCAAUCCUGCUAUUGUAGCCCUACGUCGUGCUGCUCUCCUCUGCAAUGAUGCCUCCUUUGAGCCCACCUCUCUCCAUCUACCCGUCAGCCAACGCACCAUACAAGGCAACCCCACUGACGGCGCAGUCUUGCGCUUCGCUGCGUCUCAGCCGCCCAUGAGAAACCUGGACAUUCCCGACACACGCGCACUAGAAAUCCCCUUCAACUCAAAAAACAAGUGGAUGCUCACCCUCUUUGAGAUUCCAGAACUGGAGCCGGACCAAACCACGAGAGCCUACCGUCUCAUCAUCAAGGGCGCUCCUGACAUCCUAUUGCCCGCUUGUACCCACUAUUGGUCUACCGAAACAAGGGCCGUCACAUUCCUAACGCCAGACGUGCAAGACCGCGCAAGGAGGAUCCAGGAUAGCCUCUCGCAAAACGCCGAGCGCGUGAUCCUCUUCUGCGAAAAGAUUAUUCGCCCAAGGAGCGUCCGCGGCACCAACGCAUUCCGCGAUGAAGUGGAAGCCUACGCCGUCGAGGACCUUACCAUGAUUGGGAUGCUGGGUAUCGUGGACCCCCGCGAGAUGAGACUGCGGAUACGGUCCGCCAGUGCCGAGAAGCGGGUGCUCGGUUCUUCAUGGUUACGGGAGACUAUGCUCUAA